AUUUUUUAGUUUGGAAGUUAAAAGCUAACCCAAAUUACAAUAGAGGAGAGAGAGAGAGGAAUCAUCUCCCAAACCCUGGAAUGGACGAUAUAGAAAAACCCGAGAAGAGAAGCAGAGAUCGUCACUCGGAACGCCAUCGCGACUCCGAUGAGCACCGCCACCAUCGAUCUGACAGGAAUCACAAGCGCGACCACAAAUCCAGGGACACCGAAGGAAGCAAGGAUAAGGAUAGGGCUUACGAAAGAGAAAGUAGCAGGUCGAAGGUGAAACGCGAUGAGGAGAGGGAAUAUUCGCAUUCUCACAAGCGGAAGGAGAGGGAGCACAGCGAGGACAUGGACUUCCUGGAUAAUAAAAUUAGGGUUUCUGACGAGAGGAGGGAACGAAGGAAGUUUGGGGAUAAAGUAAAAAAGGAGGAAGAUGAUGCAGAAGAAGAAGACGGUGGUGAUAAUGUUAGAGCCGUUCACGAGGCCAAGGUUAAGGAGGAAGUUACCAAUUUCAAAGACACUGCGUCUCUCCAAAACGGUGCAUUGGGAUCACCUGCCAGUGUGCCGCCCGAGACAUCUUUGACCCCUCCUUCUUCCAUUCCUAUCAAGGUAUCUUCGAAUUUUACCACAAAUGAAAAUAAGGGUCUUAGUAUUACCAGGUCUCAUGAGGUUGCUGGAAAAUCUAGUACAGAUGGACCUUCUUCAACUGCUGGAAAAACUGGAAGCUUCUCUAUUGAUGCCCUUGCUAAGGCUAAGAAAGCUUUACAAAUGCAGAAAGAGUUGUCAGAAAAGCUCAAGAAAAUUCCUCAGUUGAAUAAGAGUUCUACCCAAACUUUGCAAGGAAGCUCAAACUUGGGUUCAAAGACUGAAUCUACAAUGCCCUCUUCCAAUGCUGGAGUGGCAUUAAUAACUUCCACCUCAGCUUCUAUGGGCCAUGUUGCAAAUAUGUCAAUUUCCGCCUCAACUGCUUCUGCAAAUCCUCCAGCUACUGCCACUAGUGCUACUGGUACUGCAACUCUACCAAACUUUGAAGCUGUCAGGCGUGCUCAAGAGCUUGCUGCCAGGCUGGGAUUUCGCCCGGAUCCACAAUUUGCUCCUCUAAUUAAUACGUUUCCUGGUCAGAAUCAGAUGGUAACAGAUGUUGCUAUCCCACAGAAACCCACCAAGGCCCCUGUUCUUCGUCUUGAUGCUCAGGGACGGGAAAUAGAUGAACAUGGAAAUGUUGUUAAUGUGACUAAACCCAGCAACCUUAGUACAUUAAAGGUCAACAUUAACAAACAGAAGAAAGAUGCAUUUGAAAUACUAAAACCUGUAUUGGAUGUCGAUCCUGAAUCUAAUCCUCAUUUUGAUGCAACAAUGGGUAUCAACAAAACUAAGCUCCUGCGACCCAAGAGGAUGAAUUUCCAGUUUGUGGAGGAAGGAAAAUGGUCAAGAGAUGCUGAAACAAUCAAAUUGAAGAGUAAAUUUGGAGAAGCUCAAGCAAAAGAGCACAAGGCCAAACAAGCACAGUUGGCAAAGGCAAAGGCUGCUCCUGAUAUAAAUCCAAACCUAAUAGAAAUAACAGAGAGAGUUGUAAUCAAAGAAAAACCCAAGGACCAAAUUCCAGAAAUUGAAUGGUGGGAUGUGCCUCUUCUGCAUUCUGGAAAUUAUGGUGAUAUUGAUAAUGGAACCAUAGGUGAAGAUAAACUGAAAAUGGAAAAGAUCACUUUUUAUGUGGAGCAUCCUCGUCCAAUUGAACCACCUGCUGAGCCUGCCCCUCCACCACCUCAACCAUUGAAGCUAACUAAGCAAGAACAGAAGAAACUCCGAACACAAAGACGUAUAGCCAAGGAGAAAGAGCGACAGGAGAUGAUAAGACAGGGUGUAAUAGAACCACCAAAACCAAAGGUCAAGAUUAGCAACUUAAUGAAAGUACUUGGCACUGAAGCAACUCAAGAUCCUACUCGGCUUGAAAAGGAAAUACGUAGUGCAGCUGCUGAGCGUGAACAGGCUCACAUAGAUAGGAAUAUUGCACGCAAACUUACUCCUGCUGAGCUGCGGGAGAAGAAGGAAAGAAAGCUGUUUGAUGACCCAAAUACAGUGGAGACACUUGUCUCUCUUUACAAGAUAAAUGAUCUCUCACAUCCAAAGGCCCGCUUUAGAGUUGAUGUUAAUGCUCAAGAGAACCGGUUAACUGGAUGUGCAGUGAUUUGUGAUGGCAUUAGUGUUGUUGUGGUGGAAGGUGGAAACAAGUCAAUUAAGAGGUAUGGGAAACUUAUGCUCAGACGUAUUAAUUGGACUGACGUUUCAAAAGAGACAGAAGAAAAUGAAGAUUCAGAUGAUGAUAAGCCUAUCAAUAAGUGUGUUCUGGUGUGGCAAGGAAGUGUUGCCAAACCAAGCUUCAAUAGGUUCAGUGUUCAUGACUGCAUCACCGAAGCAGCUGGCCGUAAAGUUUUUGUGGAUGCUGGUGUUCCUCAUUAUUGGGACCUAGCUGUGAACUACGUAGAAGAUGAAGCUGUUUGACUUGUCUUCUAGUGUUCCGUUAUUGGCCUGCUUGGCUAAAUUCUUCUGGUUAGUGAUCGGUUUUACGGUUUGCAUUAAGCAGUGUUUUAAACAAAAUAAUAAACCGAAUAGCUGCUAGUGCUUCCCUUGUUUCCAAUGGCCAAUGACAUCUACUACUACAAUCAUUAUAAAUUUUCUACACCAUUUCGUGGUGCAUACAUUGUCAUGUCGGGUUUGGUAGCGUCAGAGAUGCUACGGAUUGCAGGUGAUACACCACAUUUGUUUAAAAUUUUGUCCUUUGGGAUUUUACUU